UUCCGAACAAUAUUUUGUUUUUCCAUCAUCAUCACAAGCACAUCACUUCACAAAUUAUCACAACCAAGAUGGAUUCAGUGCAGACAACUAUGGAAUCGUUAGCGCAGAUGUUUAAUACUCGGAUGGCUGCCUUUGAAGAGGAACUGGGAAGGACUACUCCGCGCACUAGCACCGUUGCAUCACUCACAGCAGAGUUCCAGGCCUUUCGAGCAUUUGUCGUUACUUCUCUGUCUGCUUUGCAAAAGCAGGUUGAGUUUCUGACGGCAGAGUGUGACAACUUGGAGAUGAGAACUAGGAGGAAAAUGCUUCUUCUUCAUGGUGUGCCUGAAGUCAAGGAUGAAGAUACUCCUGCGGUGGUUUUGCGGAUGGUAAACAAACACCUUGCUCUGUCUCUGCAGCCGAGUGAUUUCAGUCGGGCUAUUAGGAUGGGUCGCAUGCACACUAGCAAGCCGCGGCCAAUACUAAUUAAGUUCAGCAGACAUGAAAUUCGUGCUGGGGCUUGGCAGGUAAAGACUAAACUCAAGGGCUCUGGUUUCACAUUGUCCGAAUUCCUCACAAAGCGGCGACACGACCUGUUUGUUGCGGCCCGUAAAAGGUUUGGGGUGACGAAGUGCUGGACACGCGAUGGUCACGUUAUCGUUUCUGGACCGGACGGCAAGCGACACCGAGUAUCAUCACUCCACGUUCUGAAUACAAUCCCCGGUUUGUCUCGUGUCGAGUGUGCUGGCGGCAUUGUCUCCUCGGGCUCGGAGGAUAAUGGGGAGCUAGUCGACGUGGUGGCCAUCGCGCCCCCUGUUGUGAAGGGGAAGCGUGCUGCAACUGCAAAGAAGUCCAAUAAGUGA